ACAGAAAGAACAGCGAGUUCUGUUAGCUUUCAUUAAUCUUGUGUGAGGAGAAACUGCGGUCCGAUCUGAAGACAUGGCAGAGUCUCGAUUCAAUAAUCCUUAUUUCUGGCCACCACCUCCGUCCAUGCCUACUCAGCUGGAUAACCUGGUUCUAAUCGACAAGAUCAAAGAGCAGCUGAUGGCAGAAAAGAUCAGACCUGCGCAUUUGCCGCCCACCACUGUUCCCUCUCAGCAGACGUUGUUGGUGGCUUUGCCGCCCUCAGAAGUCACCCAGCACAUGAUGUCAGUCCCCAAAGUACAGCAGGUCCCGAGCCUCCAAGCCCACAACUCCGCGCAGCUUGACAUCGCCCUGCACGCCCGCCGAGCCUCCAGCAGUGCGGCAGAGCUGAACAUGGAUGACAAGUCAGCUUUGAAGGCUAAAGGAUUAUGGGAAGACUGGCAUAUGCGCCAAGCAGUGGAACAAGCUGCUAGAGUGAACCAUCGUUCAGGUCCGGCACUUUCUUCUCGCUCAGACAGUCACAGCACUUUAGAGGCCAUGACGCCCACCACUCCCACAUCUAGCAGUCAGAGCAGACUAGGAGCCGUACCCUCCCUAAAUGUGAUCUCUGGCCUGGCCACUGCCCACUGCAUUGACCAGGUGAAAGGCGUAGGCUUGGCAGGCAUGCUGGGGUCACAAGUCAAAACGCCACGUGGCCGCAAGAAGAUCAAGGCGGAGAACACAGGCCCCUUGCUGGUAGUGCCCUACCCCUUACUGGCCUCAGGUCCGGAUCAGGCAGUGACCAUCGCCAAGGAGGGGAAAACCUACAGGUGUAAAGUAUGUCCACUCACGUUCUUCAACAAAUCCGAGAUGCAGAUACAUUCCAAGUCCCACACAGAGGCCAAAGCUCAUAAGUGUCCUCACUGUUCCAAAUCUUUUGCCAACGCUUCGUAUCUAUCUCAGCACCUCCGGAUUCACUUAGGGAUCAAGCCUUACCACUGCUCCUACUGUGAGAACUCCUUCCGCCAGCUCUCUCACCUGCAACAGCACACAAGGAUUCACACAGGGGACCGACCGUACAAGUGUGCUCAUCCUGGAUGUGAAAAAGCAUUCACACAGCUUUCAAAUCUACAAUCCCACCAGAGGCAACACAACAAAGACAAGCCGUACAAGUGUCCAAACUGCUACCGUGCCUACACAGACUCAGCUUCUCUACAGAUACACCUGUCAGCCCAUGCUGUUAAAAACGCUAAAGCUUACUGCUGCAGUAUGUGCGGUCGCGCAUACACGUCUGAGACCUACCUAAUGAAGCACAUGUCAAAACACACAGUGGUCGAGCAUCUGGUGAGCCAUCACUCUCCACAGAGAACAGAAUCUCCCAGCAUCCCCAUACGUGUCUCUCUCAUCUGAGCUUCCUCUGCUCUU